CAAAAUCACGACCAGGAAAACGAACGGGGAUCCCUUCCCCCCUUGCGCUACAGCUGCCUGAAAAGGAGAAAGGGAAAUGGGCGGAGUCCAGCACCUGCUCAAGCUGAGGAUGGCGUCCCCCCACGCCCACCUCUCCGCGCUCCCGUCCCUCCUCCUCGCCCGCUCCUCCUCCGCCGCCGCCGCCGCCGCCGCGUCGUCCCCUCGCCCCGCCUCCCUCUCGCUCUCGUGCUCGCGGUCGCGGGCGCGGGCCUACUGCCCAGCCGGACGGCGGUUGCCGGGCGCCGUGGUGGCGAUGUCGUCGUCGGCGCCCACGCCGGGGCCCGUGCAGAAGUCGGAGGAGGAGUGGGAGGCCGUCCUCACGCCGGAGCAGUUCCGCAUCCUCCGCCGCAAGGGCACCGAGUAUCCUGGAACAGGUGAGUAUGACAAGUUCUUCGAUGAGGGUAUUUACGGGUGUGCUGGCUGCGGAACCCCCUUGUACAAAUCAUCUACGAAGUUCAACUCAGGGUGCGGUUGGCCAGCAUUCUAUGAAGGAUUUCCAGGAGCCAUACAACGGACGGCGGAUCCUGAUGGGAGGCGAGUUGAGAUCACAUGUGCUGCUUGUGGAGGACAUCUGGGGCAUGUGUUCAAAGGGGAGGGGUUCAACACGCCGACUGAUGAGCGGCACUGCGUCAACAGUAUCUCACUCAAGUUCGUUCCGGCCUCUGAAGAAGAGGCUAGUUGAGUGAGAGCAACCAUCAUCAUGACUACUGGAUGUCAGAACUCAGUACUUUUGUCAAUAAUGCAAGCCCCAAGUACCGAUUUUGCUGCUAAUUUCGGCAGUAAACUGUUACAUGUGUAAUUCUAGGUUUUGUUUUCCUAGUGGAAAUUAACAGUGAGGAGCCUGUAGAUUUGGAAAUAAAGCCACCUGAAGAGUGCAGCUCAAGUUGUUUCCCUUCGUGCCCACAUAAUAUUGUACCAAUUGCCUCCCAAUCAAGUUCUUGUGCAGCAAUAAUACAUUGAUUCACGUCAA